CUCAGGAAAUGUUUCCUUUUAUAGAUAACGGCGCGUCGAGGGGGCCACUUCCGGGUUCACAGUGUCGGCAUGUAGGAUCACCUGGACCCACCAACACGCAACCUCUCGAUCCUGCAUCGAUCGGCUCUGGGCCAAGAAUGGGGAACCUGAUCAAAGUGCUAACCAGAGAUAUCGACCACAAUGGAGGAAACUUCUUUUUGGACUUUGAGAAUGCUCAGCCAUCGUCAUCCGAAAAGGUGGUAUGGGAGAAGGUGAACCAGGUCCUGACGGAGGCUCAGGUCAUCCUGGAGGAGCUGCAGGGGUACACUGGAGCAGGAGAGGAGAUCCGACAGGCCAUCCAGAGCCCCAGUGAGGAGGGGGUACAGGAGAGGGCGUGGUCUGCUGUCCUUCCUUUGGUCACCAAACUGAAGACUUUCUAUGAGUUCUCUCACAAGCUUGAGGGCAGUCUGCGGUGUCUCCUGGAUGUCCUCACUGGUCCCGAUGCUCCGCCCACUCAGCAGCUAGAAAACAAACAGGCCUUGGCUCGUCAGUUCGCUCUUAUCCUUCACUUCACGCUGUGCUUUGACGAGCUCAAGAUGACCAUCCCUGCCAUCCAGAAUGACUUCAGCUACUACAGGCGUACAAUCAGUCGCAUGCGGAUCAACAACAUGCGUGCAGAUGCAGACGAGGUGAACAACGAGCUGGCCAACCGUAUGUCUCUGUUCUACGCUAGCGCCACGCCCAUGUUGAAGACACUGAGCGACGCCACCUCAAAGUUCGUCUCUGAUAACCCUGACGUUCCCAUUGAGAGCACCACAGACUGUCUGAGCACAAUGGCCUGUGUCUGUAAAGUCAUGCUGGAAACACCAGAGUACAGAAGUCGUUUUACCAGCGAUGAGACAGUCUUAUUCUGUCUGCGUGUGAUGGUUGGCGUCAUCAUCCUCUACGACCAUGUGCACCCUGCUGGCGCCUUCGUGAAGACCUCUAACAUCGACAUGAAAGGAUGCAUUCGGGUUCUGCGGGAGCAGCCGGCGAGCAGCGUGGAGGUUUUACUCGAUGCUCUAAGGUACACAACCAAACACCUGAAUGACGACACCACGCCCAAGCAGAUCAGAAACAUGCUGCAGCCAAACUGAGCACCCGACUACUGAACAAAGGUUAUGUAAGGGUUUAUUGGUGAUGUCAUAAUAUAAACAGGAAAUCAGCUCAACUGGACGCAACCAGACGUGUCUACAAAGGCACUUUGGACAAAUGACUCAGCCUUGCUCUGCUGUACGUGUUGGCCUCAUUAACUUUUUAUACAUUUUUAUACUUCUAUGAAAGCAAUGAAUAAAAUCAAAUUGUUAUGAC